AUGCAUUCCUCUCUCAUGUUUCUCGCAUCGUUCAUGAUGCAUGGCCUUGCUGUCGGCAAAUUCAUUUCCCCCGGCACCGCGCAGCUCACCCAACCCUACUACCCACCAAAUGCCGACUGCUGGGAGUACAAAGUUCCCGUCACCAUCACCUCUGAGAACAUGGUCUUUGACUUUCCGGACUGGGAAGACGACUAUGCUCUCCAAGACUUCCUAACGGCUGCAACGACUCGAGACAGUGCUAGAUACCCGAGCCCCAUUGUCGGCACCAAGAAUGAGACUGCAACUUACGCCUUGGCCGCAUCCUUCUGCACGCCAAAGUAUUCGGGCAAAAAGACUAUAAUUCUUGCGACUCACGGCAUCGGGCAGGCUCGGACUCACUGGAACGCUGCCCACCAGCCAGACGAGUACAACUUCGUCCAGCAUGCUAUCAGCAAAGGGUACUCGGUCUGGUUCUAUGACCGUCUCGGCACCGGCGAGUCUGAAAAAGUCUCUGGAUUCACAAACCAGCUUCGCAAGCAAAAGGCCAUCCUCGUUCAGCUCGCUAAGAUCGUCAAGUCCGGCCAAUACACAGGUACCUUUGGAAAGCCUGACAAGCUCGCCGUAAUGGGCUUUUCCUUUGGAUCGUUUAUCACACACUUUGCCGUAGCCGAGAACCCAACCAUUGCAGAUGCCGCCAUCUUGACGGCCAUCAACUACAACACGACGGGACUGAACGCCAAAGGCUUGAUUCGCUCUUUCGUACCCCGAGUGGCAUCCCUACAAAACCCCCGCCGUUUCGGACUACUGAACUCUGGAUAUUUAACCUGGGUUGAUGCCAUUGCGCAGGUCAACACGCAAGUAUUCUACUUCAAGUACCCGUACUAUGAUCUUCCGACAGCAUCCUACUGUGAGGAAUACAAGCAGGCAUUUGCCAUCGGAGAGUUUCUGACUAUUGCUGAUGGCGACUUUGACGCCAGUGGUUUCACCGGAGCUGCUCUCGCCAUCACUGGAGAGACGGACUACAUCAUCUGCGAUGGGGAGUGUCGAGGCAUCUUUGAGGAGCCGGCACGAACCAUCUGGAAGAAUGCCAAAUUUGAGCCCUACUUGCACCCACACGCGAGCCAUAAUUUCAAUUUUCACCACAAUGCUACCGGCGCCUAUGGGGUUAUCACCGGUUUCCUGGAAUCAAACGGUCUUUAA